UUUAAAUUAUUUAAGCAGUUAAUGUAUGAACUUGGGCGUCACAUAUUUGUACAGACUCUACUCUCAGGUACAGCGCCACAGGAUGCGAUACGAGCAAUGGAACCUACAAUGUAUUCUUGUGAACUUAUUGACCUUCCACUGCUGUCCUUGGAGUCACGCCUUGAUAUCAUGAGAGAAUUUGCAACAAGUUACAAUGUUUCUGAUAAUGUGUGGGUACCACAAAUUUGGAUACACCAGUUACUUCUUGAUACAGGUGGUCUUUCACGUGCUUUGGAGUUUCUUUUUACAGAACUUUUCGGGCAAAAUUUUAUAAAUAUUAAGGAAUUUUUCGAAAAAAGGAUCCUAAUCCCAUCAACAAUCUACGCCAAUGUCGCAAACGAUAUUAAUAGGGCAUAUAAAAUUAAAACUUAUGCUAAAGAUCAUAAAAUGCUCGUAUACGAGCUUAUUUACAGAAAUAUUAUGGUAAUCGAAUCAGAUAUUUCUGAUGAACUACAAGAUGGUGACUCCACUGAAAAUUUGGAACAUUUGGAGCGUGAUAGGCACUUGAUAUUAAGGAAAUUGGAAGGAAAAGAUAAAGUUCUAAUUGAUAUACCAUACUUCUUUAUAUUGGUCAUGGGAGAAUUGGAAAAUUUUAUUGCGGAUUUUAUAUCAUCACACAUUACUAUGAUCGAUGUGAUGAACAAGAACAAAUUAUUAAAACUUAAGAAUUUCUUUCGUGGUGCACAGGGGGGAAAAGCUGCUAAGUUAGAGCCGGGUUACAUGACGAUCAAUGGCUAUUCAGCAUCCUUUGCAGAUGCCGAAAAAAUCAGGAACGAUACCAAAGUAAAGAGCAGAGAGAUGAAAGAAAAAUUGCAAAAUGAGGCAGAGCAAUAUACACAUCUUGCAGAUUUUUUGAGCAAAUACAAUCUUUAUUACAACUCAGCAUUUCAAGAUUCAAAUCCAAAUUUGAGUGCUGCAAGUGAAUUGACGUCAAGGUUUAAAGCAAUUAAGGAAGAUAUAGGAGAGAAAAUUGAAAAAAACUAG